AGUGCGCGCGAAAACUCUGCCGAUUCUGUUACUGAGCGCACGCGCUGUCUCGAGCCCGCCUCCUCUCUUCUCACGUGACCCCUCCUCUCCUCUCCCUCUCGGCUCCAUAUUGAAUUUGAAACUGAAGGAAACGAGCCUGGUCACAAAAUGGAGGUAUCCAGGCCUGAAGCAUGUAAAAGCAACUAGAAGAAAGGGAGAACCUGGCUGCCUCCAUUAGUAACUGCUACUGCAUAAGAGGCAGAGAGGAAACUCCAGACGGUAGCAUAACAGGUUAAAAGGAGCAACUGAGUUAGUGCAUCCUUCGAAAAUGUCUGGGAUCAAAGAGGAGAGAGAUAUUGAAGACUACAAGAGGAAAGGAAGAAGAUCUUCACAGGGCCAUGACCCAAAGGAGCCAGAACAGUUGAGAAAAUUGUUCAUUGGAGGCCUGAGCUUUGAAACAACAGAUGAUAGCUUAAGAGAACAUUUUGAAAAAUGGGGCACGCUCACGGACUGUGUGGUGAUGAGAGACCCACAAACAAAACGUUCCAGAGGCUUUGGCUUUGUGACUUACUCUUGUGUGGAAGAGGUAGAUGCUGCAAUGAGUGCUCGACCACAUAAGGUUGAUGGGCGUGUGGUCGAGCCCAAGAGAGCAGUUUCUAGAGAAGAUUCUGUAAAGCCUGGAGCACACUUAACAGUAAAGAAAAUAUUUGUUGGUGGAAUUAAAGAAGAUACAGAAGAGUAUAAUUUAAGAGACUACUUUGAAAAAUAUGGCAAGAUUGAAACCAUAGAAGUAAUGGAAGACAGGCAGAGUGGAAAGAAAAGAGGAUUUGCUUUUGUAACUUUUGAUGAUCAUGAUACAGUUGAUAAAAUUGUUGUUCAGAAAUAUCAUACUAUAAAUGGACAUAAUUGUGAAGUGAAAAAAGCACUUUCCAAGCAAGAGAUGCAGACUGCUAGCUCACAGAGAGGUCGCGGGGGUGGCUCAGGCAACUUCAUGGGUCGUGGAAGUUUUGGAGGAGGAGGAGGUGGUGGUGGUGGAAAUUUCAGCCGAGGAGGAAACUUUGGUGGCAGAGGAGGCUAUGGUGGCGGCGGCAGCGGUGGUGGUGGUGGGAGAAGUGGAAGCUUUGGGAGUGGUGAUGGAUAUAAUGGAUUUGGCGAUGGUGGGAACUAUGGAGGUGGCCCUGGUUACAGUAGUAGAGGGGGUUAUGGUGGUGGUGGUGGUGGAGGACCAGGAUACGGAAACCCAGGUGGUGGAUAUGGUGGCGGUGGUGGUGGUGGUGGAGGAGGAGGAGGUGGAUACGAUGGUUACAACGAAGGAGGAAAUUUUGGUGGCGGUAACUAUGGUGGCAGUGGAAACUAUAACGAUUUUGGCAAUUAUAGUGGACAACAGCAGUCAAACUAUGGACCCAUGAAAGGAGGUGGCAGUUUUGGUGGCAGAAGCUCAGGCAGUCCCUAUGGUGGUGGUUAUGGAUCUGGAGGUGGCAGUGGUGGCUAUGGUGGCAGAAGAUUCUAAACUGAACCAGAAAAAGGGCUACAGUUCUUAGCAGGAGAGAGAGAGCGAGGAGUUGUCAGGAAAGCUGCAGGUUACUUUGAGACAGUCGUCCCAAAUGCAUUAGAGGAACUGUAAAAUCUGCCACAGAAGGAACGAUGAUCCAUAGUCAGAAAAGUUACUGCAGCUUAAACAGAAAACCCUUCUUGUUCAGGACUGCCAUAGCCACAGUUUGCAAAAAGUGCAGCUAUUGAUUAAUGCAAUGUAGUGUCAAUUAGAUGUACAUUCCUGAGGUCUUCUAUCUGUUGUAGCUUUGUCUUUUUUUUUUUUUUCCUCAUUACAUCAGGUAUAUUGCCCUGUAAAUCGUGGUAGUGGUACCAGGAAUAAAAAACAAUUAAGGAAUUUUUAACUUUUCAAUAUUUGUGUAGUUCAGUUUUUCCACAUUUAGUUCAGACUUUAACAAAAAUAAAGAAAUGUAGUUUAGGGUGUUUCUUGUUAAUGGAGAAGAUUGAUGCAUUUCUCAAUUACCAUUUUGUGUUAACUUUAACUGUAGAAACACCUGCUGAUUUGUAGUCUUAAGGGGUCUAGUCUCAAUGCAUAUAUAACUCCCAUUGACAUGAGUUAUAUAUAUGCAAAUAGAACAUAUGUUGCAUUAUAGUUUUGUUUAGAUGUAUUAUUAGGAUUGAGUUAUUUAAACUAGUGUUUGUGAAUGAUAGAAUUAAGCUUACUUUCAAAUGAAAAUUUCAAAUUACUUUUUGGUUUGUGCAUAUUUUUUAAUUUGUAGUUCUGUAUUACUUAGUGCUGGCUCUGCAAGAAAAUAAGGCAUGAUAAAUAUUUUAACAAGACUCUCUUUAGCUACAUUAAAACUGCCUCCAGUCUCAUUGAGAUAUGUAGGGGAUACCUGCAGUCUCUUGUUCAAGUUCUGGGUGAAGAGGAGAUGGACUUGCGUUUACCUUUUUCAAAUUCUUGUAAAGCUCAAAAGGGUGAAACUCAAGUGCCUAUUACCUUAGGGUAUGAAGUUAGAUAUUUUUUGGAUGAAAUUGUGCUUUGAAGAGAGCAGCCAUGAUGUCUUUCUCUUGAAUUAACUAUUUCAUUUGAACGUGCUGUUGUAGUGAGAGAAUAGGUAUAUGUUGUAAAACAAUUUAAUGGCUGUAUGCUUCCUUGUACACACCCUAGGCAUUUUUUCUGGACACAGCCUUCUGACUUGGAACAAAGAGUAGCACAGGUAUAAUCCCUGACAGUCUCAGGUAAUUCAUUAAAAAGCCUCAUGAUGAUGGGCAAACUGUCAUAGUUCAAGUAUUUUACUUCUGAAGAUAUGGGUUCAAGUAAGGGAUUUAGAGUUAUUUAAAAAUAAACUUGGUCAUAUUUUAGUGGCAGGAAAUCUUUUUAGUUCCCUUGUUUGGGUUAGAUUUGAUACCAGUGUCAGUUUGCUUAAGAGACGCCCAUAAUCAAUUCAGAUAUGAUACACUGGAUGAUGGUGGUGUAUCAAAGUGGAAUACAAGCAGAAUAACUGGGUAGGUGACAGUAAUGCUGAAAAGGAUCUGGGGGUUAUAGUGGAUCACAAAUGAGUCAACAAUGAUGCAUUUGCAAAAAGGGCUAAUACUCCUGUUAAUACACCCCAGAAUGUCUCCAUGUAGGACAUUGUGGGUGGGGGAGAUGGUGUUAAUUGUCCCUCUUUGCUUGGCACUGGUAAGCUUCAGCUAGAGCAUUUUUCUAGUUCUGGGUGCCACACUUAAAGAAAGAUGUGAAUAAAUUGGAGAGUUAAGAGGAGAGCAACAAAUAAAAGGCUUAGAAAACCUGACAUGAGGAAAGGCUAAAAAAACUGGGCAUGUUUAGUCUUGGGAAAAGAACAUGGAGGGGGGGACCUAAUAAGUCUUCAGCAAUGUUAAGGGUUUUUACAAAAAGGAUGGUAAUCAAUUGUUCUCAAUAUGUACUGAAGGUAGAAAAGCAGUAAUGGGCUUAAUCUGCAGCAAGAGAGAUUUAGGUUGGAUAUUAGGAAAUCCUGUUUAACAAUAACAAUAGUUGAGUUCUGGAAUAGGUUUCCAAAAGAGGCUCUGGAAAAUCCUUUUAAGAAAGAGGUUGGGCAAAAAAACCUAUCAAGGUUUACUUGGUCCUACCUCAGCACAGAGGGAUGAAAUUGAUGACCCCUUUCCUUAACUUGAUUUGACUUUUCUCUCAACUCUUGCCAGAGCAGUGCUUUCUGUCAUACAGGCCCAGAAGAGUAGGGAUACAGUCAGUAGAAGAAAAACCCCAGACAUUUGACAGUAUGUGAUGCUCAAAUUGUUCUCACCUGUUUCACCUCUGAGUCAAUGUGCAGUAUAAGGUAAAUGCAAUUCCAGCACAGGAAUCCAUCUUCAAAGAUGUUAUGAAAUGGCUUAAGUUACGAACAGUCAAACUACAAUACUACUAUUUAAGAGGCUGUAGAAGAAAUAAAAAUCAAUAAAAUCAUUUAGCCAUGUUGCCAAACAUUGUUAUGGGAGUGUGUUCAAAUUUCAGAAUACUAAAGAAACAAGGAACACUGUCAAGGUUGGUAGGCACCAAACUGGAUUUUUUUUCUCAUCUGCUCAGGUUUUUCCUGUGGGAAUGUUCUAAAAUGAUUUUUUUAUCUCUAGUUUAAAAAAAACCUAAUAGUCCAGUAUCUGCAUGAAUCCAGACUAUAGUAGAAUGGCAUGCAUUGAGAUGGGAGUUGAAAAAGUAGCACUUAAAUGAGAUAUUUAAAUCAAGCUCCUUGGAGGUGUAGAGAAUGGCCAAACUUUAAAAGGUACAUCAAAUCUGGCAUCUGAUUUGGAUACUUGCAAAAUUGUGGGUGAGUUCUGCAGUCACACAACAUUUAGAUCACUCCUUGACUUGCAUGUGCAAAUGCUUGCUAACAAGGAGUUGGGUAGACUUGGAUCUGCAUCUGAUUGUAGGGAAAGAAUUAGGAUGGGUUGAGGUAAAGUCUUGACAGUGUUCUUUUUAACAAGGCCUCUGUAGCUGCCCUGUAACACUUACAUUAGUUUCAAAAUUGAUUAUCAACAAGACUUGUUUGCCACUUGAAACAGUUGAAGUCUGCAAGUGACUUGUUCUGAAGUGGGUGGGGUAGCUUAGUUGUGGUAUGCAAUAUGGAAAAGUGUAAGCUGUGAGACAGUGAUUAACCAGCUUUAAGAACCUAGGAUGUACUUCUUAGCAAAGUAUGGAUCAAAGGACUCAUAAGACAGGACUUCAGCAGCCUAUUGAGUAUGGACAAGUCAGCAUAAUUAAAGAAUGACAAGGCAGCAGCAGCAACAGCAGCUUCAGCUUCCAGAGAAGUGAAGGCAUAAGAUACUGUGCUGAUAGUGAGCAGCUUUCCAAAGGCUAGUUAAAUCUUCUGAAAUAUCGAAGAAAGUCUAGCAAGAGUUCUUCACCUUUUGGAACCUCCUUGAGUGAUAGCCACUUGAGUUGACACAAAAUCAAUAGGUCUAGCAUUUAGACCUGAAAGGAAGGGCAAUGAGAUAGGUAAGGUUUGCCUUUAAAAAAUUUUCAUGAAUUAGAAUAGUAGUGUUUUUUUAAACAAGGUAAGAGUAAUUUAUUUACAUUGCAGGUUGAAUGAGAAGCUGCAGCUUGACAAAAUGAGAAAUGUCUUGCAUAUCUCUUCAGUUCAAAGGCUUCUGACUAGUUUCAUCAGACAAGGAGAUGAACGAUUUACUUUAAAGAAAAGUUGGACAGAUGAUAUACCAGAAUAUCUGAAUUUCCAGGUUGACUCCUGUACCUCUAAGAUAACUUUUUUCCUGAACUCAGUGGUGCAAGUCUAUCCAUCAUAGAAGAAAAAUGACCCUUCCAUAGAGGAUAAUGUCACAAGAUUUGAAAACAGAAAUUAAACGUAUAAUUAAAAUGUCAGAUAAAGGCUUAAAGGAUAAUGUAGUGAAACCGUACAGCUUGCAUUCAAACAAGUUUUAGAAAAGAACAUCCAUAAAUGUUAACUAUGUAUAUCAAAGUAUUGUCGAUAAUGCAUUUAUAUGUAUUUUCUAAUUUUCUGUAAAUUGUCAUGACUUUUUUUAUUAAAAAAUUUUUUUUGAGUA